AUGCUUUUAUGUAGUACAGGAUAAAUCAUAGCCAUGCGCGCACUGGAGACGGGGAAGAAUUUUUCAAAUAGGAAGCCAUCCGGAAGACAUUUUGGUGACGUGUCAGAACUCUAUUUGUCCAGAGGCCUCCACUACGGAGGAUCACAUUCUCUAACGCCCGUGUAUGGAAUAAAUACCAACGGCGAUUGCGCGGGCUCACAGUUACUGAUUUCUCUCUCCGUUUCUCUCCGUUGAAGCAUUCUCUCAAAUGACCAAACUUUACUUCGGCAUGAUUCUCAGAUAUGCCACCCACACUAUGUAGAGUUUCCGCCCGAGUGAUCCAAAACACCGUAUUCAUUUCAGGUUUGUUUCGGAGCUCAUCUCCCUCCUUUUCAGUCCAUCUAAAACUGAUUGCCUGCGUGUGAAAUUCAGUGGUGACAUAGAUUUGUUAGCAUAUGGUAAUGUUGUUAGAAUAGUGAUUAUAUUGUAAGGUUGCUGAGAAUGUAUAUUUCGGGCCUUGACGUGGAUGAAUUUGUCGUAUAAAUGAUGGCAUAUUAAGAGGCCGACGAUCUUUUCGCCGGAGAUGGGGAAGAAAGGAGGCCGAUGGUUCUCGUCAGUGAAGAGAGUUUUCAAAUCGUCUUCUAAUAAGGACUCGUCGGCGCCGGCGAGGAAGAAGGACAAUGAAAGAAGACAGCCCGAAGUGGCAGAGGUUGUGUCUUUGGAGCAUUUCCCUGCGGAGAGUUCUCAUGAUGAUGUCAUCACCAACGAGAAUAGUAUAGCAUCCACGCCAGUGACUGAAGAUAGAAACCAUGCCAUCGCCGUGGCGGCGGCCACAGCUGCGGCGGCAGAGGCUGCGGUUGCAGCGGCACAAGCAGCAGCCAGAGUUGUUCGAUUGGCAGGUUAUGGCCGCCACACUAAGGAAGAAAGAGCAGCAACUCUCAUUCAAUCAUUCUACAGAGGCUACCUAGCUCGACGUGCACUGCGUGCCUUGAAGGGAUUGGUGAGGCUGCAAGCACUUGUGAGGGGGCAUAAUGUGCGGAAGCAAGCACAAAUGACAAUGCGCUGUAUGCAAGCAUUGGUUCGAGUACAGGCAAGAGUAAGAGCUCGGAGAUUCCAGUUGAGCCAGGAGCGACUUCAGAAGACAGAGGAGGAGGAGGGGGAGGAGUACGAGGAGAGAGAAUUCGAGGGUCAAGUUCCAAAGCCUAUGAGCCCCAUGAAAAGGAUUGACCUGAAUAGGUGGGACAAUGGGCAUCAUGGCAGCCAGAAAAUCCAGGAAAAUGAUGCCCGCAGACACGAAGCAGUAAUGAAGAGGGAGAGAGCUCUGGCUUACGCUCUGAACCCUCAGCAACAGCAGAAGCCAUUUCUGCCCUCGGACCCCAAUGACAAUGAUGUCGGAACCAUCCGGUACAACAACGAGCGUGAAAAGGCCCCGUGGGGUUGGAACUGGUUGGAGCGUUGGAUGUCAUCACAGCCGUACAAUGUCAGGAACGUGGGGCAGCGUGAGACUUCGUACAUGGCCCUUGCCACCACAACCACCACCACUACCGACGACAUGUCUGAAAAGACGGUGGAGAUGGACAUGGUGGCACCUUUAGGCUCAAGCAACAUCAGCGCUAUGGGCCUGAUGAACCAGGAGUUUCUGGAUUCAAGCCCAAUGUCCAACAGAAAACACCAUCGACAAUUCAGUUUAAAUGCGCCCAGCUAUAUGGCUCCGACCCAGUCCGCGAAAGCCAAGGUGCGAGGCCAGGGGCCGAUCAAGCCACGGGGCUCGCCUGGGCCCCAGUGGAACUCAUCCACAAAGAAAGGGCCUGGUGUCGGAUCGAUGUGUGAUUCUUCAAGCUCUGGCGGAGGAACGUCCGGUUACAAGUUCCCGAGGAGCCCCAGCCCCAAACUUAAUGGGAGCCGCCCGCAGUCUAGGCGGAUUGCAGGCAGCAGCCCGGAUUAUCCUGGGUUUGAGGACUGGGCACUUCCUCUCGGAGGCCAUGGUUGGGCAUGAUGUAAUUUGAGUGUGCUGGUUUCCAUUGUCAAGAACAUGUUAAUUAUUGUUAUUAUGGCAUGGAAUUGGAAUGUGUGGAGGUUGGUGAAGGAGAUUUCAUUCAUGUCAUGGACGACAAAUUUUGAGAUUUGUAAGAGAGGAACCCGUUUCAUGUUGUGUCAACUCGUAAUGCUUGUCUCCGCUAAAAAUGCAUCUUAAUUAUGUAUGGCGAAAGCACCGGGUAAUGCUGUUCAUAGAGACCAGGCUGUAAAAUGUUUCUCUUCAAUAAUUCUUCUCUGAAAUGCUUUAUUA